UUUCCCCAUUUUCGCCGGGCUCGGCUCCUGCCAUAAACCCUAAUCAAGUCCUCUCUCCCUCGCAGGCAAUUCCUCUUCGAAUGGCUACCGCGAGCUGCUUGAGAUCCUUGCGCUGCUGCAUUCCUGUCGCUUCCCUUCGAUCGCUCGGUGUCAGAUCGAGAUCUGCUGCACUAUCUGCUUGCUUGGCCGCCGAGCAGCGGCGCCGUGCCCGAUCCGCCGCGUUUCAUCGCUCGCUAGACUUCCUCUGGAAUUGGGAAGCUGCGGAGGGUCGCUGUUCCCGUUGCACAGCGCGGUAGCGGCAGCGAGGCUGAUGUCGCGUCUUAGCACGACGUCCUGCGGUGACCGGGCUCUCUCACAGGAGAUGGGCCUUUCAGUGAGAAGGUGAUCUUCAAGGCUGACCUGAUCGUUCGAGUGCUCCUAAUUUGGUAGCAAGCUCUCGUUCCCCUCGUUCCUCAAGCUAAUGAUGUUUGUCAACGAUGGGUGCGAAUGUUGACUUCUAACGCAUCGUAGUUCGCAAUUGGAGGGCAAUCAGUGAGCAACGCCGGAGAACUACUUCCACACCGUCAUGGCCAGCCAACUGGACUCUGAAUUCUAGGCCACCUGACGACGACCACGUGCCGGUGGACCCGGGGCGAAGUGAACGAGCACUUUCCCUGCUCCUGUCGGUAGCGGCCACCGGCACGCGGCGAGGAAGCAAAGGCAACCGCCACGUGCUCCGAUUCGGAUGAAAGUUCCCCAGCAAACUGUUCACUAAUUCGCUGCGGCCGACAACGAUUGCGGUUACUUCACCGCGGUUCAGCCAAGUCUGACCCCGGGUUAAGGUCAUCACGUGCAGGCAGGCGCUCAUGGAGGAGGGGCGCACGAGCCGGCACGUGAUUCGAUGCCCUCCCCUUCCCUCCACCUCGGGAUCCCAUCCGGCCUCACGUGAUUGGAUGCCCUCACCUUGUCAGCUUCCCCGCCUUAUCCGACGGUUCGCGACCCCCACUCCACGACGUCGAAUAAAAAACGAGGAGCACGCGAUCCGCUGCCCGUACAAGGGCCCGGAAGCCGACCUGGCGGCUCUCGGCUCGUCCGCUUCCGCGGGGUCCAGCCAGUACGGCUCUACCGCGUGAGAGUGAGUGCGAAUCGCCGUCCGGUCGCUGUCCUUGAACCGGCCGAUCCGGAACGAACCGGAUCCCUGAACCAUCGAUCGCGCAGCUGUAUCCAGCCGUGAAAAAAAAAACCGAAGAUGAGGUGGUCCCCAUGCGUCCGACACCACACAUGCAUGUCUCACUGGCCGUUGCCUCCGCCCACUCCCCAACCAUGCUUCUCAUCGUCUGACACGCUGCGCUGCGUCGGACGAGAAACAGCAAAUCCCGACGACGCUCCUCCGUAUCGGCGGCGGUAACUGCUCCUCUGACAUCACGUAAGAGUGAAGAAAAGAAACGUGAGUUACGGCGGGAUAAGUUUUGUUGUACUGGGCCAAUGAUCUCCAUGCAUGGAAUAAAACGCCACGUGGCGAAAAGACACGCACUGCACAGGCAACCCCGGUUCUCAGCUCCACAAAGGACUCGAAAAAGAGAGGGAGAAGAAGAUGAAUGGAUGGAUGAUCAUGGAUGAUGGAGAGGAGAGAGAGAGAGAGAGAGAGAGAGGGGGGCAGAAGUAGCUGCUACUUCAACGGCUUCAUGCAUGCCGCCAUUAUUAAUAUUAUUAUUGUUGCUGCUGCUCCCAUCAUGUCUCCUUCUCCAUUAUUUGUAUGGCAAAGUUGAUCCUCCUCUCCAAUUGACCCAUAUCUCUCCCUCUCUCUCGAAGUUCAGUUCCGUGGUAAUGGCUAAGGAAUGGGAGAUGAUGGAUUUCACAAUGGGGGUGGGGAUGGCGUCUGCUCCGCCUGCUGCACCGUUUACAGCUGCUGCUGCUGCUUCGCCGGCGGCGACGUACCUCUACGGCUCAAUUCCUCCCAUCGUCGAUGAGCUCCUUGACUUGUCGCCGCAGCAGCACGAGGAUUGUUUUCCCUCGAUGGAGGGUGUUGCACCGGGAGGAGCGACGCCGUACUUCUCUGAGUUCAAACCUCUGCAGGGGCCUAAGUCUUCCUCGUCUUCCUUUGAUCUUUACAUUCCGCAAUGCGAGGAGGCGGCGGAGCUGGAAUGGCUGUCGAAGUUUGUGGAUGACUCCUUCUCCGACGUGCCCUACUGUAAUUCUGGCCUGGGGGCAGUCAUCGCGCCAGCCACUAAGCGGGAGGCGACGACGCCGAGUAGGGCGGACCACUCCACCUCUGUUUCGGCCGUGUGGUCGUCGUUGGUGGCGCCGGUGACUAUGCAGAACGCGUCGCCGCCGUCCCCGUCGUCCUCCUCGUCGUCUGAGUUCGCGGAAAAAGCUGGCGGCGCUGAGAGUGCAGGGAAGGGAGGGAAGGGGAAGAAGGGCGGCGGCGGCGUGAACGUACGUCGCUGCACGCACUGCGCGUCGGAGAAGACGCCGCAGUGGCGGACGGGGCCGCUGGGGCCCAAGACGCUGUGCAACGCGUGCGGGGUACGGUUCAAGUCCGGCCGGCUCGUGCCGGAGUACCGCCCGGCGGCCAGCCCCACCUUCGUGCUCACCCAACACUCCAACUCGCACCGGAAGGUCAUGGAGCUCCGCCGCCAGAAGGAGAUGCUCGUGGUCGGCGGCCUCCGCCAGGAGGGCGAUGCCGCCUCCGCCGCGGCCAUCUCAGAGCUCCUCCUCGGCGAUUACGGGGUCUGCUGAGCGCCGCCUCCGCUCGAAGGCAGCGAUUGUCGGUAGCAAAUUCCCCCCUCUCCUCCCCUCCCCUUCCAUUAGUUAGUUAUUUUAAUCCAAAACUAAAACAAGCAAGAAAUUCUAUUCCGUUUCUCACCGAA